AUGCGCUUCUACCGGCCAGUUUUUCAGUUGGAUGUUGAGGGAGUUGCAGAGACACAGGUGGUCUCCAUCUCGGGGGAGGGAAAGCGCGAAGACAUCAUGAUGACGGCAGAGGAGGAGAAUCUCAUGGGCUACAAAACCAAAGCAGCUUCACGGCUUGUUGAUCGCGGGCUGGACGUGCUUGUGCGAGUUGCCGGCUCUGCCCCAAUCAUUCUGUUCAUUGUCGUGGGCCUCCUGCUGUGGGCCUUCCUUGGAAUUCGUUUUGGUACUUCCGAUGUCUGGGUUGCUAUUAUCUCUGAUGUACAGGCUAUCUUGUGCUAUGUUUUUGACUCCUUCUUGCUGCGACAGCUUCUGCGGGAGUACACCGAGCAGUGCACGGUCAUGGUCGAAAUCAAGUCUCGAUCCAACAGUCAUAGGCGGAUGUUUGCCAUGGUCAAGGAAAAAAUGGGACAGGAAGAAACUAGCCGCGUCGCCAAUAUUUGCAAAGAUGAGCCCCUGCACUCACUGGACUACUCUAUGUCAGACCAGAGCCUCUUCUCUCAGUGGAUCAUCUCUUCUGCAAAGACCUUUGGACACCUGAUCACCGUUGGUAUGUACUGGGUAUGCAUAUUCAUUUGGUUGGGAUUUGGCCCCUCCUGUGACUGGUCACCCAGAUGGCAGCUGUACAUAAAUGACGCGACAUCUGCCCUGAUGGUCCUGGUCUUUGCAUUCCUGGCCUGUCUUCGUGAAUGUUAUGCCAACUACACUGGAACUUGCGUGAAUGCAAUUUUCAAACUAGAUGCGAGCCUCGAGCAAGAACUUCGCCGUCUUACGCACGAUACCCUUCCAAACACCACCGAGGUCAUCGAGCGGCCGAAAGAAGGCUAUCUGCAGGUCGUUGUCUACUACUACGCUGAUAUUAUCGGAACCCUGGCUGGCAUUAUCAUUCUCGUGUUGGUCAUCGUUGCCUGGGCCGCCGUUGGUCCGGUAUUCAAGUUCAAUAACACCUGGUGGUUGCUCAUUGGUACCUAUGCGGGUCUGAUUGGCCUGUUUGACAGCUUCAUUCUUCGCAACGUCCAAGGCAAAGUGCAUGAAUACCUCAGCAGGCAGAUUCGAGUUCUGGAGCAAGGCGAUGAGCCGAUGUUCGCCGCCCUCACCAUGCCGAUCCCCUCAGCUCAUGACCUUGAGCGCCCGUCCUUAACCCGCCGUGUGUCUCGCAAACUCGACUCGAUCAGCUCUCAUCUUCUCAUGGUAGGAGCAGGUCUUCUCCUUACCAUCGGCUGUAUCGUAGCCUCAAGCGCAUUGCACUGGAGUUUGACCGGGCAAUUGAUUUCUAAUGUUCCUCCCAGCAUCAUCGAGACUUUCUUCAUGCUCAUCUUGAUCACUGGUCAAAAUGACGCCGAAUCAAAAGCUCGUGUCGAUCUGACAAACAUUUACUACCGCCGACAGCGGCUUUUGUCGUUUGUCAAGCAUGCACGGGGAAUUUGCCUGGCGAAAUCCACUUGA